AUGGACAUAAGUCCAGAGAAGGUAGCCCAGGAGAGCAACCUUACAGAUGAAGUGAAUGUGGCUAAUAUUUUACAAAGGAACUCACACCUGAAAGUUCACUACAGGUUUCACAGAAGAGAAAAACCUUACAAAUGUAAUGAAUGUGGCAAAUCUUUUAUAUGGAACUCAGGCCUUAAAGUUCACCAAAGAAUCCAUACUGGAGAGAAACCUUACAAAUGUAAUGAAUGUGGCAAAUCAUUUACAUGGAGCUCAAAACUUCAAGUUCACUGCAGAAUCCUCACAGGAGAGAAACCCUCCAAAUGUAUAGAAUGUGGCAAAACAUUUAAACAGUUGUCACACCUGAGUAUUCACUACAGAAUCCAUACAGGAGAGAAACCUUACAAAUAUAAGGCAUGUGGCAAAUCAUUUACACAGAUCUCACACCUGCAAGUUCACUACAGAUUCCAUACAGUAGUGAAACCUUACAAACGUAAUGAAUGUGGCAAAUCUUUUACAGAGAACUCACACCUUCAAGUUCACUAUAAAAUCCAUACAGGAAAGAAACUUUACAAAUGUAAUGAAUGUGGCAAAUCUUUUACACAGAACUCAACCCUUCAAGUUCACCACAGAAUCCAUCCAUGA